CAAGCGUCAUCUGCAGCGUCACAUGCGGGACGAGUGCAUCGGCAUACCGCCGCGUUUCAAUUGUGAAUUCUGCAGUUCGCGUUUCCGUCGCAAAUAUCACAUGGUCCGGCAUCUGGUCUCCAAGCAUGGCAUACCCCCGGCCAUUGCACAACAGACGACGGGCAGCGGUUCGCGGACCAGCAGUCCGCGCAGCAACAAUCUGGAGCACAAACUGAGCGCUGCUGCGGUGGGCGUGGCCGGUGGAGGCAGCAGUGUUAAUGGUGGUGCCGGCGGUGGCGGCGGCAAUGGAGGCAUCCACAGCGACAGCGCCAGCGUGGGCAGCGCUGGCUCGCACAACGGCUGCGAGAGUCCCAUACCCGAGAAUCUGUCGCUGCGCAAGGAGCACUAUGAGCGGGAUGAGAACUUGAACGGUUCGCGCUGCACAAGUCCCUUGCCGCCGCACAUGAUGCCCAUACCCACGUAUGGGCUGACGGGUGCCAUUACAGCUAUUUCAGCAGCCGCUGCAGUGGUCGAGGAGCAGGCAGCCGCGGCAGCAGCAGCAGCAGCGGCGGCCGCAGCAGCAGCAGCCGCAGCUGGCAACAACAAUGGCAGCGAUGCAACAGCGGGCAGCGUCGCGGAAUUGGCCGCUGCCGCUGAGCUGGCCAUCAAGGCGGAGCCGGUGACGCCGGGCAAGGCGCAGCCGCAUCAUCUGCUCGACGAGGAGUGGAACAUGAAGCUCGGCCUGCAGAUCAUAUCCAAUUCAUUGCUCAAGGAGCGCUUGAUGAAUACAAUGCCAUUUGCGUACAACAAUAACUGAAGUUGUACAAUUUUGACCCUUUCUUUUAGCCCUAAAGUAAACCAAAGUAUAUUUGACUUAAGAUUAACUAACAGGACAAACUAAACUAAAAAGAGAAGAAUUAUUUAUAUUUAUUAUUACCAAAACAAAGUCUUACAGCUACUUUAGUUUCAUAAUUUUAAUUUGUGUCUGCUUAAAAACAAAUGCUUUGUGUGUUUAAAGAAUCGAAAGUAAAAGUAAGAAAUUAUAAUUCCAUGUAUGAAUCUCAGAACCUAGACAUUCCAGCACCUAACUAUAUAUUUUUGAUUUUAAUUUUAUGUAACUUAUUUUAAUGUUUUCUCAUUUUUUUUGCGUGCUUUCUUUAGUCAGCGAAACGUGUCUUAAAAGAAAAAAAAAAAACAAAACAAAAACAAUCAACUGUAUUACAAUGUUACUUUGCGGUACUAUUUAUCCUAGAAAGAAAGAAAUGUCAACUUAAAACCGAACCGUCACGAAUUUGUAUUGCUUAAGUCAUUCCCAAAAAAACCCAUAUUUGUUAGAAUUGUAAGAUUUUGAAUAAGUGAUGCCAUUCCAGUCGAAUCUCUUUACCACGCGUAAAUUGAUGUUGAUGUGCUAUGCAGCCCAAAGAGGGACGAAAACAAACAGAAUACUCAAAAGACAAGAAAGCGAAAUACUCAUGAAUCCAAACAAAACGAAAACCCAAAAAAAAAAAAAAAAAAAAAAAACGAAUGAUGAGACGUUUUUUUGAAACACUUAUUCCAAAUGAUAUGCCACCAAAUUGUAUACCUACAUUUUUAAGUAAUUU